UCGGAUUAAAUUUGACAUAAUUCAAGUGACAACCUUAGAAAACCGAAAACCCUACGUCAGAUAGAUUUAUAUAGGUUAUGUCGUGUUUUGAAUUUUCACGUGUUAUUUACGUUCAUGCGUUUGAACGGUGAAAAUGGGUUUAACGAAACAAUAUUUGCGUUACGUGCCUGCCGGUAAUUUUAAUAUAAUCGCCUCGCAGAAUUGCAAUGUGGUGUUCGUCACGUUAGAAGGACAAGAGGGCCGGUUUGUUGCUGUCGGCGCAUGUGAACAUAUAAUUAUAUGGGAUUUACGUCUGGGAGAAAAGGCACAAGUUUUGCCGGGGGAAAAGUCCGCAGUUACAUCAUUAUGCACAAGCCCUAAUAAAAGGCACCUGGCUGCUGGCUAUGCCGAUGGUAAUGUUCAAGUGUAUGAUUUGAAAACUGCAGAUGUGGUCAGUAUAUUUUCUGGUCACAGGAAUGAAGUUACAACUUUGCAGUAUGAUAGUUUUGGACACAAAUUGGCAUCCGGCUCAAAGGACUCUGAUGUAAUUGUCUGGGAUACAGUUGCAGAGGUUGGUUUGUGUAGACUUACAGGACACAAGGGUCCAAUAACUGAGCUUAAAUUCAUGACACAACAGCCUGUACUGAUAUCUAGUUCCAAAGAUACUUUCGUUAAGUUUUGGGACUUGGAUACACAACAUUGUUUUAGAACUUUAGUUGGACAUCAAACAGAGGUUUGGGGUAUCAGUUUGAUGAAAGAUGACAAAUAUUUGGUAACAGCAUCAGGAGACGCUGAAUUAAGGGUGUGGAAGCUUUCACAGAAAGAUCCAGACAGUGAGAAUAAAACACCAGUAGAACAUUUGGCUACAACUUUGGAAUUGGCUACUUUAGAUGACAAUGAUGACCCAACUCAUCCACUUCAGUGUCACAAAGCUGGGUCAGUACUUAGGGGUGGCAAGGGUCGAGUUAUUUCACUGUUUAACGACGUCAGUGGGCAAAUUGUUGGAUGCCAUGGUACUGACAUGCAGGUGGAACUGUUUUAUUUCUGUUCAGACGACGAAGCCCAAACCAGACUAAAAAAGAGAAUAAAAAAGGAAAAAAAGAAAGAGAAAAAAGAGGAAGAUGAGCAAAUGGAAACAGACACACUGUCAGACAACAUGCAGUUAAGCCUGAGGGACGAGGUGAGACGUCUCAGCUCCAUAAAAUUGUCCAACAAACCAAAAUCAUUUGACUUGGUGCUGGGUAAUGGGGGCGAACUGCGUGUGGUGAUCACACUGGCCAACAACACAGUUGAACUGUACACCAUGCAGACUUCCACUAAGGACACCAUAGCCAAAUGUCUGCGUUCCAUCGUGCAUCACGGACAUCACAGCGAAGUGAGGGCGGUCAGCUUUAGCAGCGACAAUUUGGCGAUUGUGUCCGGCAGUGGGGAGUCGAUUAAGAUGUGGAAUAGGCCGUCGCAGACUUGUCUCAGGACUGUAGAGACUGGUUAUGUUCUUUCUACAAUAUUUGUGCCUGGUGAUCGACAUGUUUUGGCCGGCCUAAAGGACGGCCGACUCCUAAUCAUUGACAUAGCAGCCGGCGACAUUCUCGAAGAAAUCCCCGCCCACGCCAAAGAGCUGUGGUCGAUUUGCCUGCAACCCGACUUGAGGGGCUGUGUGACUGGCGGCGGCGACAACACCGUCAAGUUCUGGCAAUUCGAGCUGGUGCCCGACGAAAAGGGCGAAACCAAAGCCAAAGUCCUGUCGCUGAUCCACACCCGCACUUUAAAGCUGGAAGACACGGUGCUGUGCGUCAGGAUUUCGCCGAACAGCAAGUUCAUCGCGGUGGCUUUGCUGGACUCGACCGUCAAGAUCUUCUUCUUGGACUCGUUUAAGUUUUACUUGUCGUUGUACGGGCACAAGUUGCCCGUUCUGUGCAUGGACAUUUCCUCGGAUUCCACGUUAAUAGCUACCGGAUCGGCGGAUAGGAACGUCAAAAUUUGGGGCAUGGACUUUGGUGACUGUCACAAAAGUAUAUUUGCCCACGACGAUUCGGUGACGGGGCUGCAGUUCGUUAACAAAACCCACUACUUCUUCACCUGCGGGAAGGAUGGCAAAGUUAAAGAGUGGGACGGCGACAGCUUCGACAAAAUUGUCACCUUGCAGGGCCACAUAGGUGACGCCUGGUCAUUAGCGGUCAGCCCUAAUGGCCAACAUUUGGUCUCCUGCGGUGCCGACAAAGUGCUACGUCUCUUCGAAAGAUCUGAUCAGACUUUAGUACUACAAGAUGAAGAGGAGGAGGAGAGGGAACAACAAGAAGCAUUGGCCACAGGACAGGAAACGACCAUUCCUGGGCAACCUGGCCUAAAUUUACCAUCAAAGAAAACAGUGGGCAGUGAAAGAGCUGCUGAAAGUAUAUUGGAAUGUUUGGAAGUCUGUGAAAAGUACAAAGAACAACUGGCUGAGCAUCAGGCCUUGCAGGCGGCCUCCUCACAAACCUUACCAGUACCUUUACCUCCACCAUUAAUGCAAGCAUUCAAUGCGUCAACCCCUGACGACUUUUUACUUGAGACCAUCAAAAGAAUCAGGCCAAGCGACUUAGAAGAGGCCUUACUAAUAUUACCCUUUGGAACAGUUUGUGAAGUUUUAAAUAUGCUCCCACCCUUGAUUAUGAGGGGUGACCACAUAGAACUAGUUUCAAAAGUAGCACUAUUUUUGUUAAAGUUGCACCACGCCCCAAUUGUUGCAAACAACGUUUUAUUAACCACCUUGCAAAAUAUCCAGAAAUUACUUUCAUCAAAAGUAACAGAAUUGAGGGAUAUGGUGGGGUAUAAUUAUUAUGGUAUGCAAUAUAUGCAGAGGGAAAUUGAGGCGGCUGAAGGAGUACAAUUAUUCAGGGAUGCCACAGUGGAAAAGAAGAAGGGUGAUAAAAAGAGAAAGCAAAGGGAGAAACUGAAAAGAUCCAUUAUGCUUCUCAGUUAAUUUGUAAAUAAAGUUUUUAACAUUAA